UCCGGAAUUGGGCGUUACGGGUGGCGCCGCCGCCGCCGGGCUUGUUUCCUGCUAGACAUCUUUUUUAUUGUCAACUCGAGUAUCACACAAUUUCAAUCCUGGUUUUUGAUCAUAUUAAGGUAAUAAGAACCCGUGUUGGAGUGAACAACCGAGAAACAUAAUCUAAUCCAGCCGCAACAAAUACCAAUUAUCACCUUUCAGUCAUUCUGGACCUAAUUGCCUCUCCAGUACGUACCGGUACCUAGUUAUGGCAACCUCCAACGAACCCCCACCCUCCCCUUUCCAGUAUCUGACAACAGCGAAUUUGAUAUGGGGUGUUAUCGGGUUCUAUGUCUUGCGAACCAUUAUUCGUGCUGUCAGGGAUCCUCUAUCGUCGGUUCCAGGACCUCUCUUGUCCAGGUGGACGGAUCUACAUGUGAGGAUCCGGUUGCUAUCCGGAACUAAGGCUCGCUAUGUGAAUUCCCUCCAUGAGCAAUAUGGUCCUAUCGUCCGACUCGGCCCUCGUGAAGUAUGCGUCAGUGACGUCAAAGGGGCUCGAGAAAUUCACAGAGGGAAGUCGAAGUACUUGAAAGACCCUCAAUUCUACGUCGGCGGAAAAGUUCGAAGUCUUUUCUCUGCACUAGAUCCCGCCUUUCAUGCUCAACGGAAGCGUACCAUAGAGCGAUGCUUUGCCGAGACUUCUAUGGUGGAUCUCGAGCCCACCGUAUUCCAGAAGGCAGAACUGGCCAUCUCGAAGAUGCGAGAUGACAUGAAGACCAAUGGAUGUACUGAUAUCCUUCACUGGUGGACUCUGUUCGCUAUGGAUGUGAUCGGCGAGCUCUGCUUCGGUGAUUCAUUCCAUAUGCUUGAGGUUGGCAAGAAAAACCAAUACGCCGAAGACAUCGCCGAAAUGGGGUCUCUUCUACCACUCCGUGGUGCGUUCCCAUCACUUAUCUGGCUUUCUGGGUAUCUCCCUAUCUUCUCCCAAUUCAAAGACAUCGGCAACACUCGAAAGCGUAUCAUCGAAUAUGGGAUCCAACGCACCGAGAAGUAUGUUCAGCUAGUAACCAAGGGCGGCGGUAGAAGGACGCUGUUCUCCAGCUUAGUUAGUACUUCUGGCGCCCAAAGCUGGGUGCUCUCCCAGGAGGACUUGACAAACGAGUCGCAAUCUUACAUCACCGCUGGAACUGAUACGACAGCGGUUACGCUGACCUACCUCAUCUACGCCGUCACGAAAGAUGAGCAUAUCCGCGAAAAGUUGUUGCAGGAAAUUCAAUCUCUCCCCCAUGAUUUCAAUCAUCGCAACCUACGAGAUCUCACCUAUCUAAAUCAAGUGAUUGAUGAGACUCUCCGACUGUAUGGCGCAGCAGCAGGAGCUCUUCCUCGCAUUGUUCCUCGGGAAGGGAGUGAGCUUGUUGGCCAUUAUCUUCCAGGCGGAGCAGUGGUGUCGACACAGAAUUAUACCUUACACCGGAACCCAGAGAUUUUCCCGGAUCCUGAAAAGUUUGACCCCUCACGUUGGGCAAACCCAUCCCCUGAAGCAAAGAGCGGGUUCAUGCCCUUCGGCAUAGGGUCUCGAGCCUGCAUCGGCCUCAAUCUUGCUCGGAUGGAACUCCGGCUUUGCACGGCCUUCUUCUUCAAAGCAUUUCCAACAGCAAAGCUAUCAGACAAGUAUGGAAUGACAGAGGAUGAGAUGGAUCCAAAGAUAAACUUCUUGGUGAUGCCAAGCGGACACCGAUGUUUAGUCGAGACAAGCUGAUUUGGAUCUAGAAAGGGUGGGGAGUACGCCAGACUGAAAUUUUUAUGAAUGAGGUAAGGGGUGAGCGCCCAAAUGCCAAUUAAGCCACUUUGUGUGACGAAAAGGGGUCAGAUAUUGGAUAAUAAUUGCCAAACGUGCCGACACAGAAAAAGGAAAGGAUAGUUACCUACCUAGGUACCUAAAUAGUCAGUCCAUGUUCGGAAUUGAGAGAGACUACCAUAGUUGCCGUAAACUUUACGUGCAAUCCUAGAGCUCUUGGUCCCUUAGAUACUAGGUUAGGUAGGUAGCUUCACAAUAUGGCUUUACCUCUCGGGGGUGGCAGUCUACACAAAAAGUACCUC